CUCUCUCAACACCACAAACUCAGACCCCUCCACAUAACCAUCCCUCAAAAUGCCCCCCAAAAUCCUCCCCUCCUCAUACCUCACCCCAGCCUUCGUAUCCCGCUACCACCUCGCCGAGAAACUCACCGGCGUAUUCGUGGCCCCUCUCGUCCAGCAAUCCGGAAUCCUAUCUACCACCAGUGAUAAUGACAAGAAGCAGCCCCUGGUCGUCUUCGACAACGCCUGCGGACUGGGAGUCGUAUCCAGCUAUCUCAACAGCACGCUGCCUGAAGAUGUCAAGAGAAACUGGACGCUGACCUGCGGAGAUGUGACGGAGCUGAUGGUGGAGUACACCAAGUUGCGGAGCGAGAGGGAAGGGUGGGUGAAUGCUGAGGCGAAGGUCGUGGACGCUCAGUGUACGGGGUUGCCCGGGGAUAGGUAUACGCAUGUGUUGUCGGCUUUUGCGUUCAUGAUGAUACCUGAUGCGAGGGCUGCGAUGAGAGAAUGUUUCCGUAUUCUCCAGUCCGGGGGCGUGCUUGCGACUUCGACGUGGAGGACUUCGUCCUGGCUCGUCAUCAUGAAAGAAGCCAUCGAAGCCACGUCCUGGAACGUCAAGUUCCCCACCAUGAAAGAGUUCCUGGCCUUGCAUAACGAAGGCUGGGACGACGAGGCUUUCGUGAAAGCUCGAUUCGAAGAGGAAGGGUUUGAAGAUGCGGAAGUUACUGCUGUGCAGAGGGAGACCUCGUUGACUGUAUCCGAAUUCAUGGAGGUCGGUGAGGGGAUGAUUCCUAUUGUGACUGGGGCUUUUUGGACGCCCGAGCAGCGGGAGAUGUAUGAGGCGAAGGCGCCGGUGGUGAUUAGGGAGUAUUUGGAGGAGAAGUUUGGAGCUGAGGGCGUGGUUAGGAUGGAUCCGGUGGCUGUUCUUGCGGUGGGGAGGAAGCCAUAG